GCCUGUUUUCCACCUGCUGCUGAUUCUACACAAUCAAAAACAUAAAUAUUAUUCUGUAACAGAAAUUCUGUAACAGAAUUUCUGUUGUCGAAAUAUAUAAAAAUCUUUCUGGCUUUUCCAUUUAAUGUAAUCGAAGUGCGUUCAAUAAUUACAAAUCAACCAGAAAUUAAACCAAAACUUAUCAGCAUUUUUUUAACCCGAACACUUUCUGAAUGAAAUUUCUCCAAAAUCGCUCAUGUGACGCCAAACCCCAUGUUCUAACGACAACGUUCUAACAUCUCUCUAAAUAGUUUUUGUACAAUGUCAUCAGCCGAACCCUCCUCCAAUAUUUCCAUGGCCAUCAGCGAUUCCAGUACGACGACUGGGGGUGGUGGUCCGAAGAUGAUGUUUGCCCCAUUUUCCUCCCUGAUCUCGCCCACAUUUUGGGGCAAGUUUGACGAGGUAAAGGUCGAAGUAUUGCAGUUAAAUGAGGACCCCGUCCCGAUUUGUGGUUUCUACGCCCCCCACGACAUGCCCGGCGUCAACCCCAUUAUCUCCGUCGAUAACACGAGCUUCGAUGUUACUUCGAAACCACACUAUGGCGCAAUAAAGGCCCCAGGAAUGAUUAAGACGACCAUUUCAGCCGAACAUUUCAAAGCCAUUGAUUACAACGAAUUGAUGCGAAACUUUGGGAAAAGCCUUUUUGGAGAAAUGCUCUUCAGUGAGGAAGGGUUGACCAGAUUGGCACAAAAUCCAACAAUGUUGGCCAGUUUCUUCAUUUUGACAUAUGCCGAUCUGAAAAAGUACAAAUUUCUAUUUUGGUUUGGAUUCCCUGCCAUAAGUUUGCCAUCCGUUGAGACUUUUAAGGUUGGAGGAAGUACGGUACCAGCCAGCGAAGCGUUUCCCAAUUAUGAGCAGGACCUCGCCAAAAGACUUCAGCAGCAACAGCAGCAGGAAUCUGGGGAAGGAGGCAAAGGAUUUUUCCUUCUUGUCAAAAAUUCCGAGGGAUCGAUUGAGUUGAAAUCCCUUGAACAAAUUGAUCAGAUUAUCACUAGCCAGACUCCCUUGAGCAAUUUAUGGUUCGGAUUUCUGGACACGAGUUCAAUCGAUGAUACACCGUCCUGGGUUUUGAGGAACUAUUUAGCAUUCAUCAAAUUAAAAUUGAAAUUGCCUGCGGAAUCUGAGGUUAACAUAUUUUCAUACCGUCCUGGGAGGUCAGCCACUAUGAAAGAUGUUAGUUGCUCGUAUCGAGUCUUAUUUCACGGUAUUGAAGGAGCCGUCGAUUCGCUGGACACUGUUAAAUUUGUCGGAUGGGAACGAAACGAUAAGGGCGCUUUCGGACCAAAGCAUGUCGAUGCCCAGAUGACGAUGGAUCCCAUCAAAUUAGCGGAAAACUCGGUCGAUUUCAAUCUCAAACUAAUGAAGUGGCGACUCUUCCCAGAGUUUGAUUUGAAAAUGAUGCAUCGUACAAAGUGUUUAAUUAUUGGGGCUGGUACACUGGGCUGUAAUGUUGCGAGGUGUUUGAUGGGUUGGGGAGUUCGCCACAUUGCAUUUGCCGACAAUGGAAAUGUAUCCUAUUCGAAUCCUGUGAGGCAGAGCUUAUACAAUUUUGACGAUUGUAGCAGCGGAGGGAAAGGGAAGGCCGAAACGGCGGCUGCAAGUCUGAAAAAAAUUUUCCCUGGGAUAAAAUCCCAGGCGGCGAAGAUAAUGGUUCCAAUGCCCGGGCAUCCCAUCUCGGCCGGAACCGUGGAACAGGUUAAGAAAGAUUAUGACAAGCUGGUGGAAUUGGUACAGGAGUGCGACGUCAUGUUCCUGUUAAUGGACACGAGAGAAAGUCGAUGGUUGCCCACCGUGCUUGGUGCAAAAUACGGAAAAAUUGUGAUAAAUGCAGCCUUGGGAUUCGACAGCUACCUCGUCAUGAGGCACGGAAUGAGCGUACCUGGCACCAACAAACGGACGCUCGGCUGUUAUUACUGUACUGAUGUCGUUGCACCGGGCGAUUCCACCAAGGACAGGACGCUAGAUCAACAAUGUACCGUUACUCGUCCCGGGGUGUCAAUGAUUGCAGCUGCCCUUGCUGUGGAACUAAUGGCGUCGAUUUUGCAUCAUCCAGAAAAAGCAAUGGCCCCCGGAAACGUGAUGGACAGCGACUCGAGUCUGACCUUAGGAUUCGUCCCUCAUUCCAUUAGAGGAUUUUUAGGCACGGGAGAACAAAUAUCGCCCAGCUUCCAGGCGUAUGACAAAUGCACCGGGUGUUCAGAAAAGGUCCUCGCAGAGCUGGAUCAACGCGGUUUCGACUUUGUCACCGAUGUACUCAACAGUUCGUCAGAAUAUUUAGAAAAAUUGACUGGUUUGGACAAGAUGAAGGAAAUUGCAGACUUGGCUGAAGGGAUUAUCGAAUUAUCGGAUGACGAUGACGACUUUUGAGUGCUCACUCUACUCACCCAUCAACCAACCACUUCGUGUUCAUAUUCUAUUUAUAUUAUUAUGCAAUUACCAUUGUCAACACCAUUGCCAAAUUCCUUGUCAUGCUUGUUAGACGACGACACUUAUUGCUUUCUCUGCCUAAACUAAUGUAUUUGUGUAUAUUAUGCAAACUACCUUAAUUGCCUCAUUAUAAUAAUGAGAUGACCCCGAGUCAAAUCCAUCUUGAAAAUUUGUAUUAAUAUUCCUGCAUCGCCGGUGAGUUCAGGGCGUAAAUAUAAAAUCCUCGAGGCUGCGCCAUGCCCUACUUUAAAAAUUUUGUCGGUGUUCUCUGGUUCUCGUUAAUUAUUGGGAAUGUGAAUUUCACUCCAGGUUUGUUAUGCUAUACUUGUAGACAGUGUUUCUUGCAAGAAAUAACCGGAAGGCAAGUUUCUUUCAGCUAUUUUGACCUGCAAGAAACGCGUGGCUCGGGGGCGCAUAUUUCUUGUGUUUCUUGCUUGCAGUGCAAAAAUACAGGAAACCCGCAAGAAACGAAACACUGUUUGUAGAUUUAUUUUGCAAUAUGAUAUCAUAAAUCUGAAUAAAAAGCAAUACAUUAUUUUCUA